CAAUAUUAUUGUUUUGACCUCGCAUUUCUAUUUGCUUCGUCGUCGGUUUGUUCUCUCCGCUCGGGUGUCCUCUCUCUCUCUCUCUCUCUCUGCAACUUUCAAUUUCUUGAAAGCACAAUCAAUUUCGAAAAUUGGACGGGGAUGUAUGGCUCUUACAUGAUUCAGUUUCGAUUAACUGUUGCUUUGUGGUUGCUUUUUGUGUGAAGAGCAGAUGGGCAGGGGGGGGAAGGUUCAGAGCAAGAAAAAUAGUAAGAGAAAAAUUCGAUCUCGGUGCAAGGGAUCAGAUGAGUCAGAUGAGGAUUACACAGUGGGUGAAGAUGAAGAUUUGAAUUAUUCUGAGGAUGAGGAAUCACAAGAGAGUUUUGGUGAAUUUGAAGAGGAGGAGGAGGAGGAGGAAGUGAGGAAAGUUGGUAGGCUGAAGGGGCAAAAGACCUUGCGGGGUAGGAAGAAAUUUGGGAGUGGGAAGGUACGCAAAAGAAGUAGGGUUUCAUAUAGAUUACGAAUUGGUGAGAAUUUUGAAGAUCAGGAUCAUGGGGAUGAUGAUGGGGAACCAGAUGAAAUUGGUUUAGACGAGGAAGAAGAGUUGGCAGUUCAGAAGAAGAAAGAUAAGGUUGUGAGGCGCCCUCUGAGAAAAAAAGGUGUUUUCAUUGGGCGAAAGAGGAAGAGGAAUUAUGGGGUAACCAAAAAGCCUAUGAAAAAGAAACCAAGGAAGAGACGUAGGUUGCUGAGGAAAUCAGUUGUUGGUAAUGAUGGGGCAUACAAGAAGAAGAAACUAAUUAUAGAAGAAAGGGGUGAAAAGAAUACUGGUCAGAGAAAAAGGAAAUUUACGGAAGAAUCUGAUUCAGAUUUUGUGAGCUCUGGAUCAUCUGAUUAUGAAUAUACCAUAUCUGAGGAAGAGAAAGAACAGGUGAGAGAAGCCAGUGAAUUUUGCGGAGAUUUGACUACUAGUCUCAGAAAUUCAUCUUCAAUAAAGAUAGAACAAGAAGAAGGGAUCUUGUGUCAGCAAAGGAAACGUUCAGGAAGAAAGGGUAAGGAGAAGGUAGAUGAUUUAAAGAACGAAACUGGAAAGCAGUUUUGUGGGAUCUGUUUAUCAGAAGAAGUAAAGAAAACUGUUCGAGGAACAUUGAAUUGUUGCAAUCAUUUUUUUUGUUUUUCUUGCAUAAUGGAAUGGUCAAAGGUGGAAUCUCGCUGCCCUUUGUGCAAACAAAGGUUUGUGACGAUUAGUAAGCCAACUAGAUCAGAUAUGGGGUUUGAUUUGAGGACUGUGGUGAUCCAAAUUCCAGAACGUGAUCAGGUUUAUCAACCAUCUGAAGAAGAACUCAGGGGUUAUCUUUACCCAUAUGAUAAUGCAAUUUGUACCGAAUGCCAUCAAAGUGGUGAUGAUGCUCUUAUGUUACUUUGUGAUCUCUGUGAUUCACCAGCACAUACUUAUUGUGUUGGUCUUGGACAUGAAGUACCUGAAGGUAGUUGGUAUUGUGAAGUCUGUAGACCAACUGGUUCCUCAAAUGUACAAGCUCCCAAUCUUACAUCUGACCAAAGAACAGUCCGCCAAUUGUCUGGCAGAUGGUCUCCUGUUGGAAAUGUUAGAGAGGACAUAGACCUUAAUUCAGAUUAUGUUCCUGAAACGCCAUUGGGUCAAGGAAGUGAGGUUCUCUCAUCUUCUGGAAGAUCUGUUGGGAAUUUUCAAGCUGCUUCUCCUGUAUCAGGAAUAGGGGUUUUAACUGUGUCUGAAAGACGCAGGAUACAGCGUCAGAUACACAAUCUACUUAAUAACAGCAUAAUAAGUCAAUUGGGUGGUAGAAAUGGAAUGCCAGCUACACCACCUAGAAAUAAUCUAUCAGGCUCUCAACCAACUGCUCUUGGUGCUGCAAAUCUACAAGCUCCAAGUCAUAUAUCUGACCAAAGAACAAUCAGAGAAUUGAAUGGCAGAUCAUCUCCUGUUGAAAAUGUUAGAGAGGACAUAGACCUUAAUUCAGCUUAUGUGCCCGAAACACCAUUGGGUCAAGGAAGUGGGGUUCUCUCAUCUCCUAGAAGAUCUGUUGGGAAUUUUCAAGCUGCUUCUCCUGUACCAGGAACAGGGGCUUUAACUGUCUCGGAAAGACGCAGGAUGCAGCACGAGAUACACCAUCUACUUAAUAACACAAUAGGCCGAUGGGGUGGUAGAAAUGGAAUGCCAGCUCCGACUCCUGGAAAUAAUCUGUUGGGCUUUCAAAUGGAGCGGGUUAGGGAGGUAGGGUUGCAAAAUGCGAUGAUUCCAGAAAGGUUAGAUUCUUAUCAAGCAUUUUCCCAUGGAAGGUUACAGGAGAAUUUCACACCUCCAACCCUGGGUAGGGAUCUUUUUUCUGCAAGGUCAUCCAAUUCAAGGGGUCAACUGCUUCAAGGUCAAACGUCUAAUUCUGCUGAUGGUUUUGUCAAUGGGAUGCUAGAAUCAGGAGUUGCAGGGAUCAGUGGGGUUAUCAAUUCGAGAUCGGGCCACGAGCAAAUCCAUCCAUAUGCUAGCAGAUCAAGCAAUGCUGAUGAUAGUAUGGCCUCUUGUAGAUAUAGAGAUGUGGGCCACUUAACCGCACAAAAGGAACAAGUGCAAUCACUGGUUAGGAGCCACUUAAAAACCUUAUCAAGACGAAUGGAGAUAGGCUACAGCACCUUCAAGGAGAUUGCAAGGAGCUCUACACACACCAUUUUAGCUGCCUGUGACCUUGAGCACAGGGCAAGCGAGGUUUAUCCGGUGCACCCACCUGCCAAAUGCAACCAUGUCGAAGGCAUAAUGAGCGGCGAACCGGUGAGCCUGAUGAAGGAUUGCUGCUCAUCUUGCUUCGAAUCAUUUGUGAAGAAUGUAGUAUGGGAGAUUGCGGGCGCACGGGUGCCAUCCGUGGCAUAGAUAGAGCUGGGGAUCCUCGCCGUUCCCAUCCCUCCUCAUCCCCCCAUCAAUCAUCAACUAUCUUCUUUGGGUUCAAGUGUGUUAUUUUGUUCACAGCUAGUCACUGUGGUAGACGUUAUUACCCAUGAAUUGUUGUUAGCUUAAGUACUGACCUCUGGAACCUCAAAGUAAGUUGGUUUGUUUGUAGAUGAGCUUGAAGUGUCGAUUAUGGUUUGUCUCACCUUGUUUCUGUUUACAUUUUUACACUCUUUGCCCCCCUAUUUAAUUGCCUUGGUUUUGCCACAGAUCAAUGGCAUGUCA